CGCUAGGUUGGAGACAGGAGGAGGAGACUGAAACUGGAAGACGGACAUGGUCCUCCCUUGGUUGUCUAUCAUUCUCGACAGCAGGAAUUCUCAAAACUUGCUGACUGCCAGUCUGAUCGUGGUCCUCUCCGCGUCCCUUGCCAUCGGACCGCAAAGACAAUUGAUUCAGCAGCUACAUGGCUAGCCAGUACAGCGAAGCUAACGAGUGUUAGCUUGUGCGCCAGCUCAUCUCCCGGACCCCGGCGAAGUGGCGAAUCGAUGACAAGAAUGGCUACUUUACUUGGAUAGCCGAAGAAACAAACAAUAUUGCGCACAACUCAUUUCCAGGCAAGCACCCGGUUACAUAACUGGUUGUUGGUGUUACUGCAGUUCCAAACAUGGUGCAGAAGUACCAGUCGCCCGUGAGGGUGUACAAGUACCCCUUUGAGCUGGUGAUGGCAGCUUAUGAGCGCCGGUUCCCCACAUGUCACCUUAUCCCCAUGUUUGUGGCAAGCGACGUGGUCGAUGAAGAGACAAGUGAGGAUAGAUCUACUCAUAAAAUUGAGCGGCGCUGUGCCCUGGAUGUGGACGCCCCGCGCCUUCUCAAACGGAUUGCUGGUGUCGACUAUGUCUACUUCAUCCAGAAGAAUACACUCAAUCGAAAGGAGCGGACACUUCACAUUGAAUCGCAUAACGAGACCUUCUCCAACAGGGUCAUCAUCCAUGAGAUCUGCUGCUACUCUGUUCACCCCGAGAAUGAAGACUGGACUUGUUUUGAGCAGUCUGCCAGUCUUGACAUCAAGUCUUUCUUUGGCUUUGAGAGCACAGUGGAAAAGAUUGCAAUGAAACAAUAUGCCAGCAGCAUCAAAAAGGGAAAGGAAAUUAUAGAGUACUACCUAAAGGAGCUAGAAGAUGAUGGGAUCACUCAUGUGCCACGAUGGAGUCCAACCUCUCUCCCUCUGCCUCCCACCAGACCAACCAGUCUCUUUAGCAGCCCACCUCCUGACCCCAAGGAACCUGUCACUGCCGCUGUUCCCAUCCCUCUGACCAGUGAUGCCAUGGACAGCACCUCUCAGGAUGCUAAGCAGGACAGCGCCGGCCUUCAGGCAGAUAUUUUAACCGAGGUUCUGGCUGGCACACCGGAAGAUAAACUGGAUGCUGAUUAUAUCAAACGCUAUCUUGGUGAUCUUACACCCCUGCAGGAAAGCUGUCUCAUUAGACUUCGUAAAUGGCUGCAGGAGACCCACAAGGGAAAGGUGACAUGCAACUUUGCACAGAUUCCCAAGGAUGAACACAUCCUGCGAUUCUUACGGGCCAGGGAUUUCAACAUGGACAAGGCUCGUGAAAUUUUGUGCCAGUCGCUGACCUGGAGGAAGCAGCACCAAGUAGACUAUCUUCUUGAGACAUGGAGUUCACCACAAGUCCUUCAGGACUAUUACACGGGGGGUUGGCACCACCAUGACCGAGAUGGUCGGCCUUUGUACGUCCUGAGACUUGGCCAGAUGGACACCAAAGGACUGGUCCGAGCUCUUGGAGAAGAAUCUCUGCUUAGACAUGUGCUAUCUAUCAACGAGGAGGGGCUGAGACGCUGCGAAGAGAACACAAAGGUGUUUGGUCGUCCCAUCAGUUGCUGGACAUGUCUCGUGGAUCUGGAGGGUCUAAACAUGCGUCACCUGUGGCGACCAGGAGUCAAGGCCCUGUUGAGGAUUAUUGAGGUUGUAGAGGCCAACUAUCCAGAGACGCUGGGACGGCUGCUUAUCUUGAGAGCUCCCAGAGUCUUCCCAGUCCUUUGGACUCUGGUGAGUCCAUUCAUCGACGAAAACACACGCAAGAAGUUCUUAAUCUAUGCAGGAAACGAUUACCAGGGCCCCGGCGGCCUGGUGGACUACAUAGACAAGGAGAUUAUCCCUGACUUCCUGGGCGGCGAGUGUAUGUGCGAGGUACCUGAGGGUGGCCUGGUCCCAAAAUCGAUGUACCGCACUCCAGAGGAGCUUGAGAAUGAAGAUGUUCGUCUAUGGACUGAGACAAUCUACCAAAGCGCCAGCAUCUUCAAGGGAGCUCCACAUGAGCUCCUGAUUGAGAUCAUUGACGCCUCCUCAGUCAUCACGUGGGACUUUGACGUGUGUAAAGGUGAUGUGGUGUUCAACAUCUACCACUCCAAGCGUGCCCCACAGCCACCGCGUAAAGACCCGCUGGGAGCUCAUGGGAUCACCUCCCCAGGUGGCAACAAUGUGCAACUCAUAGACAAGUCAUGGACGCUGGGGCAAGAUUACAGUAUGGUCGAGUCCCCGCUGACCUGCAAGGAAGGAGAAAGUGUGCAGGGCUCCCAUAUUACACGCUGGCCAGGUUUCUACAUCCUCCAAUGGAAGUUCCACAACAUGCCGGCCUGCUCGGCCACCAAUCUGCCUCGGGUAGACGAUGUGCUGGCUACGCUGCAAGUUUCCUCGCACAAGUGUAAAGUCAUGUACUACACCGAGGUGUUGGGCUCGGAGGACUUCAGAAUGGCUUGCUGCGACGUGCAGAGUUUGGGUUCAAUGACCAGCCUGGAGUCGAGCCACAGUGGCUUCUCUCAACUCAGCGCUGCCACCACUUCAUCCAACCAGUCCCAGUCCAGCUCAAUGAUCUCCAGAUAGACAGCACUGUCUCCUACGUGGUGAUAACCCCAAGAACCUCUUUACUCUGACUUUAUUACUGUGGGUGUUGACCAGCAGACGACAAAUCGUCGGUCGGAAAAAAAAAAAAAAAAAAGAGACUGUGUUACCUCCUUUAAAAGGGCUUUUUUUUUCUUUUUUUUUUUUUUUUUUGCACAAAGGUCUUGGUGUCUGUGAUGGGCAACAAAUGAGACCAAGCAUUUAGAGAAUUUCAGUUUGUGGCUUAUUUACAGUGGAAAACUUUAAGGCUACACGCUGAACUGUUUGAUUUUUGGAGGUAAGAAGCAAUAUUUUCAUCCCAGGAGUGGCAGGUCUGAAAGGACAAAGUCACUGGAGGUGCCGUUAUGUACUGUACAUGCAUUUACGCCACUCCAAAAUUCUGCAGGCAAUAAUCAGAUGACGCACUACUCAUUCAUGUGCGCCACUGUAGCAGAAUGGAAGUUGUUACAUAUUGCCAUGCAACACGUAAAUGUUUGACAAAAAAAAUUGCUCUUGUUACGUUAACACAAAGAUGUUUUCAAUGUGGACAACAGGUGGGAAAUCCAGCAAACUUCUUUAAAAGUUACAUUGACAUUUUUUGAAAGAACUAGUCCUCAAAAACUUCGAAAUUGUUGCCCGCAACUCCAAUGUGAAUGUAGGAGUUGAUUGCACUUACGAAAACACAAGUUUACUCAGACCUGAUUCAGAUAUCAUGCGUAUGUUUUCAAAAAACACAAAGUUUCUGAGUGGGUGGGGUUUAUUAAAUCAUGGCAAUACAAAUUGAGUCAACGGAUGGUAAUUGCCUUUAAUUGAUGUUCGCUUAGUGUCCGGAUAUUCUCCUAGCAUCCUGACUUUCACGUGAUAGCUUCCUGUGGCAGGCCCCACCAUCUUUUGAUAACUUUAUCAUGCCAUGCACAGCAUACUUGACCAGCAUCUUACUCUUUAGUGCUUGAAGCAAUAACAAUACUGUUUGUAGUUAACCAUUGAGAUGUCCAUUGUAAUAGUGGUAAUGGUGAGGGCUGAUUGCAGGUGACCUUUAUGUAAUGCGGCAGGCACAAAGGCAAACUGAGCCAAGAUGUGUGUGAUUGCGUGUGCGUGUGUUUUAUUAUGGAAUAAAUAGAUCAUUCAUCUUUUUUUUUUUCCACUAUGGGCUCGGCAAGUUUGUGUUUGUGAGGGUGCUUGCGAUCACCAAAUUAAAGGACAACUUGCCUCAAUUAUACAAGGUCAUCAUCGUAAUCUGGCAGAGCUGCUCUCAUUUACAUUUUUUGGGGGGUGAGAUGUAAUUUGUGAGUGCAUUUCAAUGAAUAUCUUUAUUAUGAUGCUUAUCAUCUGAUUGUGUUUUAGUUAAAAAAAAGAUAUCAUGACUGUACACGUAUUAGUUGUAGUUAAGGAGUGCUACUGUUACUUGAUGGGGUUGAAACAGAGAGGUGUGUUACUGCAUGCACAUGGUACACGUGGUGACUGGGUUUAUCAGUUUGCAAUUUGUAAAUUAAUAGCCAUUUUUAAGAGCCAUUUGUCAAUAAACACCAUUUUAGCCUUUGUAAGACUCACAUAGAAACAGCUGCUCCAUUCAAGGUCAAUUAAUAAUUGUUAUUGUCAACAGUUUUACUAGUUAACUGGAUAAGAAGCAUUAAUGACUUGACUGUAAAUUGCCAACAGUCAUCAAAUGCUCUCUUUAUGGGCACUUAAUACUCGAGAAGAACUCCAAAGGAUACUUACCGUGCAUGUUUGAGAUACACGAAACUGUUUUUAACUCCAAAUGAAAGGUCAAGAUAUUUUUGUGUGGAAUAUUUGCAAUAAUGUGAAACGUUUUACCUCCUCAGAAUGAGGGCUAUCAUGUAUGGAUGUAUAAGAUUGAAUGCUGGAAACAGUAGUGAAAAGAAGACAGACCUGUAAAAUGUAUGUUACUGCACACACUCCCCCCCCUCCGGCGUACUUGGCCUUCGAAUCCCCUCCUGCCCACUCCGAAGCAUGUCUCGACUCAAACAGCCGUCUUCACCAUACCUUCUAAUUUUUCAUAGUGAUUAAUCCAGUUUCUUUAAUUGGUAUAGUGAUUAAAUAUGCAGAAAUAGAAGCAGACCCAAUUAGUCAAUAGUAUUGUUUUAUUUCACUUUGAGUGCACCUUAGAUUUGUAUAACUGCUUAGGUAAAAUUAGUAAUUGAAGCCAUGGGCAUAAAGUGUUCUUGAUCCAGUAUUUCAAUACCAUGUGAAUUCAAUGUUUGAGAUACCGGAGACCCUUCACGUUUUCUGUAUCCUGCCUCGUUGAUUUACAUCACGUGUACAUUUUCAAAGAUCUCUUGAGGGCUAUGAAACUCGUUUAUUAUUACUUUUCCAUGUGUUUGUACGUCCGCUUCCUAUUCUCACAAAGUUACAUAUCUCCUCCUAUCUUAAUGUGAGAUACCAUGUAAAAAGUACUUAUUUGAAUUGGUGAGAAUUUGCGCCUUUACUUUUCUGUUCUGAAAACAUUAAACUUGAAUUAAGUA